GUGAUCACCAAGUGUCUCCCGAUGGGGGAGAAACCUGUAUGUAAUAUUACAGACCUGUCCCUCUGUCAGCUCCUUCACACUGCUUUGUAUGGCUCUGCAUAGCAGAACCAUACAAAGCAGUGUGCUUAUUGUGAAACACAGACACAGCCCACAUAGUAAAACAGCACACAGUUAACACUUUGAUCGCCCCACAUGUUAACCCCUUCCUGCCCAGUCCCGUUAGUACAGUGUCAGUGCUUUUUAUUAGCACUGACCACUGUACUGGUGUCACUGGGGAUGUCAAUGACACCAAAUCAGUUCCCCCCCAGUGUCAGAAUGCCUGCCGCAGCCCCG